AUGGCCAAUACUCCUCACGCCUCAACGGUUUCCUGGCCUCUCCACGUUUAUGGCAUCACCGUCGAUUCCAGCAAGUCGAAACCGAAUAUAGAGUCUGUUGAAGUACGGACCAGCAAGUAUUCACCAAUUGAACUCGAACGCGAAGCAGGAAAGAGGUUUCGACGGACGCUUUCUAAGCCCACGGUGCUUUCUCAAGGGGAUACAUUCUCUUUACAUUUGCGGUGCAAGACAUGGCUUGGGAUGAAGACCGAGCAUCAAGACAUUCCUUUCAACCGAGAUGUCUUGUUCCGCGUGUGUCAUGCAAGACAAGGAUACAACAAAGUCCAUAAAAAAAUAAGUAUCUUCGUCGACCUUUCUGAAACUGAGCAGUCUACCUCUUCCGCUACAGACCUUGAGCUCCGGCCUACAGCUUCUGAAAUAUUUCAGAAGUGUCCUCGGUUGACACUCCCAAGGUUCCGAAUUCUGGUGAUAGGAAAGCCUGGCGUCGGCAAGUCAUCGCUGAUCGACCACAUAUUUAAAAUGGAAAAAAUGGGGAACCUACCUCUCCGCUCUCGCACAUUUCUCUUCCACCAUCCUGUCGCCACCGUCAGGGCAUCUCAAUAUCUCCUAUGGGACUCCAUCACUCCGAUCCUAUAUAACGUCAAUCACUCGCCACGGGGCCUAGACCAUGCGACCCUUCAAGCUCCAUCAUUUUCUUCAAUUGACACGUACAUGUGUAGUGCGACCAGCUGA